AUGAACUCCAUCACGUUCGAUAUACUACGCGACAUGAACCCACAGUUGGACGCUGAUUGCUUAAAUCUGUGGGCCAAUGCGUCCUACUGCGUAGCUACCGUCCGUGGCUCGACUUUGACUCCGAUAACAUUAUCGUCGAUAGCGGUCCCCUCGGCGAGUCCGACCAAGCCUCCGCCGUCCUCGUCCAUUAAGCUAUCAUCGUGUGUUAAGCCGUCUUCGUCGGUCAAGAUGUCCUCCACUGCGACAGCCAAGGCGACAGCCGCACCGCCGGCGCCAACGCAGUCUGGAGCAUCCAAGGCGUGUUAUCAAUGGUACACGGCGGUCGCUGGGGACUACUGUUACCUUGUGUACACCAAGUUCGGGAUUACGUUCGACCGAUUGGGAGCGUGGAAUAUAGCGCUGGAUGCGAAUUGUAGUAACAUGUGGCCGGACUACGCCUAUUGCGUAAAGGCAUAG